CCUCGCCCGACCCGGAAGUGCAAACCUCGCCGUCUUGCAGGUGUAGUUUCUGUUCGUGAGGCUGUCGCCUGCGAGGCGGCGGCUUUUGAGAUGCCGGGCGCCGCCAUGAAGGGAUCGGAGUUGUCCGAGAGGAUCGAGAGUUUCGUCGAGGCCCUGAAGCGGGGCGACGGGCGGCGUAACUCGGAGGAUAUGGCUCGGGAGACCCUGGGGCUGCUGCGCCGGAUCAUCACGGACCACCGCUGGAGCAACGCGGGGGAGCUGAUGGAGCUGAUCCGCAGAGAGGGCCGGAGGAUGACAGCCGCGCAGCCUUCAGAGACCACUGUGGGCAACAUGGUGCGGAGAGUGCUCAGGAUCAUCCGGGAGGAAUAUGGCAGACUCCAUGGACACAGCGACGAGAGCGAUCAGCAGGAGUCACUGCACAAACUCUUGACCUCUGGAGGCCUGAGCGAGGAUUUCAGCGUCCAUUAUGCCCAACUCCAGUCCAUCAUCAUUGAAGCAAUUAAUGAACUGCUGGUGGAGCUGGAAGGGACAACGGAGAACAUUGCCGCGCAGGCUCUGGCACACAUCCACUUCAAUGAGGUGAUCAUGACCAUCGGCUACUCCCGAACAGUAGACGCCUUCCUCAAAGAGGCUGCCCGAAAGCGGAAGUUCCACGUCAUUGUGGCAGAGUGUGCUCCUUUCUGCCAGGGUCAUGAAAUGGCUGUCAAUUUGUCCAAAGCAGGUAUUGAGACAACUGUCAUGACUGAUGCUGCUAUUUUUGCUGUUAUGUCAAGAGUCAACAAGGUAAUCAUUGGCACAAAGACUAUUCUGGCCAACGGUGCCCUGAGAGCUGUGGCAGGAACUCACACUCUAGCACUGGCAGCAAAACACCAUUCCACUCCGCUCAUCGUCUGUGCUCCUAUGUUCAAGCUGUCCCCACAGUUUCCCAAUGAAGAAGAUUCAUUUCACAAGUUUGUGGCUCCUGAAGAAGUCCUGCCUUUCACAGAAGGGGACAUUCUGGAGAAGGUCAGCGUUCACUGCCCUGUGUUUGACUACGUCCCCCCUGAGCUCAUUACCCUCUUUAUUUCCAACAUUGGUGGGAAUGCACCUUCCUACAUCUACCGCCUGAUGAGUGAGCUCUACUGUCCUGAUGAUCAUAUCCUGUGACUACCACUUGUACUAAGCAGAAGGUGCUCAGGCAAGCAGAAUGGAGAGGAGACCUCGGCAUUCCUGCUGAAAUGUGUCCCCUUUGUAAUGGGGGAGUGAAUUGGAGUCAACCUAAAAAAAACAUGAUACAGUUUCCUGUCUUUUUUUUGUCAUCCCCUAACAAGGGCACACAUCCAGGACUGUUCCUGGCUUUUCAGGUCUUUAACAGAGCAGCAGGGCUUGACCUAUUGAUUUUGGAGUCUCUUAGUGACCUGGUUGCAUCUGUUUCAGGAAUUUAAACUUUCUGGUUCAGUGAUGUGUUAAACAUAAUACCAAAUACCUUGUUAGGAUAGAGAUUUUUGCUCAGAAAUGGCUACCACACCUUUUCCAAGGCUGUGCCAAUAAAAGCUACUUGAAGGUUC